UAUAAUUGAAUUUGUUAUUUAUUUUCACGUGUUGUGCCAACACGUUUUAUUAUUUAUAAUAAUUCAGUGUUGAGUGUUUACUACUGUUUUUAAUAUGUAAAUCACUGAUGACGAUUAGUGAGCUUUGAGCGAUAGUGUAGUGAAAAUGGUGAUACAAGUCAAGUUUUCAGUUUUAACGUUUAAUAAGGCUGAUGAUGGGUUAGAGCUACAGUAUCUUAGAAAUUAGAAUCACCUUACUCUUUACUUUUAUUACUAACAGGAUUACUGGGUAAAAAAUUGGAGAGGAAAUAGUAGAGGAUUGUAGAGGAGUUUCGCAGGAAGGGGAGGCGUGACGAUCGGUUGUUGGCGUUGUUGGGUUGUCGGCUGGAAAAACAGUAGUAAAUACGGUGAAGAUUGAGAUGGCAGUGUGGUGAAAGGGAGACCGGGUUGAGUAGAUCCGUAGAAAUGUCAUCAUUCAUAAAAUAAUUCAUAAAACAUUGCCAUGGCUAAUCGUGGGACGGUGGCCCAAAGGCCAAACGGUACUCAAGGAAAAAUUUGUCAGUUUAAAUUGGUCUUACUUGGUGAAUCGGCUGUUGGAAAAUCAAGUUUGGUAUUGAGGUUUGUUAAAGGGCAAUUUCAUGAAUAUCAAGAAAGUACAAUAGGAGCUGCAUUUUUAACACAGACAGUAUGUCUCGAUGAUACAACUGUCAAAUUUGAGAUAUGGGAUACAGCAGGCCAGGAGCGUUACCACAGUCUUGCCCCCAUGUAUUAUCGUGGUGCUCAAGCGGCUAUUGUCGUAUACGACAUACAGAAUCAAGACACAUUCGUACGAGCCACAACUUGGGUAAAAGAACUUCAACGACAGGCGAGUCCCAGUAUAGUGAUAGCAUUGGCAGGCAACAAAGCCGAUUUAGCAAACAAACGUAUGGUCGAUUAUGACGAGGCUCAAGCUUAUGCCGACGAGAAUGGGCUUUUAUUCAUGGAGACAUCAGCGAAAACUGCGAUGAACGUUAAUGAUAUAUUCUUAGCGAUUGCUAAAAAACUCCCAAAAAAUGAACAAACGGGAAACGCAAGUACGAGUGGCCAGGGUCGUCGGCUAGUGGAGUCUGAGGGACAAAAAACUACAGCGAGUAACUGCUGCAAGUGAUUGAACAAAUUCGUAGGUGUCGCUCUCAUUGAUUUCAUAUAGAUUAACAUACACGGGAUAUUUGAUAUCCUAGCAAACAUUCUUGGCCACACUGGAUCCCCAUAUGAAUUUGUACGAGAUAACGAGCAUCGAAGAAAACCGCGAAAAAAAAAUAACGAAAAAUGGAUAACAAAAAAAAGUCAUAACCACUCGAAAUUAAUCUAAUGAGCAGACAGUUGUAGGUGGUAAUGAAAAUCGAGGGGAAACUAUUAUAUAUAGAGACAGCUACUGCGACCGAUUUAUAAUUAAUUAUUAAUUAAAAAUGAAAGAAACAGUAUAAACUCUGAGUGAAGGAAGGUAUAGAGAGGGAGAGAGUUGUUGAGGAGCAAGUGUGUUUAUAUGCAGAAAAAACUCGUCCAAGGAUUCAUAAUGGAAAGAUAAAUAAUUUUCAAUGAAAUUUAAGAAAAUAAAACACCACCCAACAUGAAACCUAGGAGGAAUUAUACUGAAAACAGGAAAAAAAAUAACAAUUGUGUCACAAUGUAUCCGACGAUAUCAACCAUGUUAAGAAACGAAAAAUCUGUUGGAAAAGAGAGAAACUGAAAAAGAAGAAAAAAAACAACAACAGAGCGAAAAGUCCCGUUUGUUAUUCUAGUAGUAAUGGACGGUGUUCGUUAUAAAUAUAUAAAUAUACUAUAUAUUAAACAAAUCAUAUAUCUCAUAUGGUUUAUGUAAGGAAAUAAUAAUAAUAACAAUAAUUUGAUGAUAACUGAUAAAUGAUAAAUGAUGAGCUACGAUUCACGAUCCACUGUGUAUGGUUAAAAAUAGGUAAUGGAUUGAAUCGAAAAGUAAGCAGAAAAAAUAAAACCUAACAUUAAUAAUGAAACAUUUUGGCACGCAAAAAGGACAUAAAACAUUCUUGUAAGAUAGUAGGGGCCAUUCCUGCUGCUAUAAUUAAAAACUAUAUAUUUUCUUCGUCAGAUUGUAACGUGUAAUAAUAAUUAUAACUUUAAAGUAUGUUGUAUAUUAAUUCUAUUGAUCAAUCAUGGUAAAUUAUAAAUAAUUAUACAGAAAAAUGGAAAAUAUGAAAGAUGAAGCCUGAAGAUCGUUGA